CUCCUGUACGACUUUUCGCGACGAUUUGCUUCUCCUGCGGAAAGUCCCAAAGCGCAAGGAAAAGUGAUCGGCAUAGAUUUAGGAACAACAAACAGCUGUGUUGCCGUUAUGGAAGGAAAAAAUCCUCGCGUUAUUGAAAAUUCCGAAGGAGGACGUACAACACCUUCCGUUGUUGCUUUCACGAAGGAGGGUGAAACAUUAGUUGGGAUGCCUGCUAAACGUCAGUCCGUUGUCAAUCCAGAGAAUACAUUUUUCGCUACAAAGAGGUUGAUCGGCCGAAAAUUUAAGGAUUCAGAGGUACAAAGAGAUAUUUCACGUGUUCCAUACAAAAUAGUUGAACACACGAACGGCGAUGCGUGGCUAGAGGCACGUGGAAAAAGAUACAGCCCUUCUCAGAUUGGCGCAUUCGUGGUAGCAAAGAAGAAAGAAACUGCAGAGGCCUACUUGGGGAGUACCGUGAGAAAUGCAGUUAUCACGGUACCUGCGUAUUUCAACGAUUCUCAACGCCAAGCCACAAAAGACGCGGGUCAAAUUUCUGGACUCAACGUACUCCGAGUUAUUAAUGAACCUACUGCGGCCGCACUGGCCUAUGGACUUGAUAAAUCCGACGAUAAAAUUAUCGCGGUUUAUGAUCUAGGCGGUGGAACAUUUGAUAUAAGUAUCUUAGAGAUACAAAAGGGCGUGUUCGAAGUUAAAUCAACAAAUGGAAAUACUCACCUGGGCGGCGAAGAUUUCGAUAUUACUCUGGUUAACCAUAUCGUUGAUCAGUUCAAAAGAGAUCAAGGGAUUGAUUUGACUCAAGAUCGAAUGGCAAUCCAACGCAUACGCGAAGCCGCUGAAAAGGCGAAGAUUGAACUAUCGUCUACCCUACAGACUGAUAUAAACCUUCCAUUUAUUACCGCUGAUGCUACUGGGCCAAAACAUGUCAACAUGAAACUGACUCGAGCCACGCUUGAAUCAUUAACAAAGAAUCUCGUCGACCAGACGGUACAACCAUGCAAAUCUGCUUUGAAGGAUGCCAACAUUGACGUUAAUGAAAUCGGUGAA